AUGGCAAUGACUGCUACAGCUACACCAAAAGUUCGUAGAGAUAUUCUUCUCCAAUUGAAGAUGAUGAAUACUAAAUGGUUUAUUCAAAGUUUUAAUCGUGCCAAUUUAAAAUUUGAAGUACGACCAAAAAAGCCUAAAAAUUGUACUAAAGAAAUUAUUGAUGUAAUACAUAAUGAAUUCCCUAAACGAUCAGGUAUUGUUUACUGUUUAUCUCGUCGAGAAUGUGAUAUAGUCGCUGAAGAAUUAACUAGUGCAGGAUUUCAAGCAUUCGCUUAUCAUGCUGGUAUGACAGAUACUCAACGACGUAAUGUACAACAAGCAUGGAUACAAGAGGAUAAAUGCAAGAUUGUAUGCGCAACUAUUGCUUUUGGAAUGGGAAUUGACAAACCGGAUGUUCGAUUUGUUAUACAUCAUUCAAUACCAAAGUCGAUUGAAGGUUAUUAUCAAGAAGCUGGACGUUCAGGUAGAGAUGGAUUACCUUCAACAUGUAUCCUUUAUUAUCAUUGGCAUGAUGUUGUAAGGUUGAGGAAGUUAAUACAAGGUGAUGGAUCUAGUUCAACAGUUCGAGAAACUCUCCGAUUUCAUGAAGAUGCAUUGUAUCGUAUGGUUUCUUAUUGUGAAAAUCAAAUCGAUUGUCGCCGAAAACAAAUGUUAUCACAUUUUGGUGAAGCAUUUGAUGCUGUUGAUUGUGGAAUUAUAGUUGGUUGUCUAUGUGAUAAUUGUCAAAUGUCAGAUCGACGACGUUUAGAACAUAGAGAUGUUACUGAGGAUGCUGUUAAAGUUGUUCGUGCAGUUGAAUUGUUUGUACGAUCACGUCGUAAUGUAACAUUGAAUUAUCUUGUAGAUUUAUUCCGUGGCGCAAAUACAAGUCAAAUUCAACGUAGUGGUGAUCAAAUGAAUUCAAUUUAUGGUCAAGGAUCAAGUUAUUCAAAGACAGAUGCUGAAAGAUUACUUCAUCGUCUUGUUGCUGAACGUGUAUUGUUUGAAGAGUUGGCAGUUACACAAUUGGAUCAUGUUGUUGCUUAUGUUCGUCUUGGAUAUAAAGCAACAUCACUUUUGAAUGGUUCCAUUAAAAUUACUCUGCCAGUUUCUAUACCGAAUCGACCAGGUCAAAAUGAAGUUAGUGUUGUUGGUCGCCCACCAGAAGAUCGUUAUGCCAGUAUUCGUAAUCAAUGUUAUGAAGAAUUAGUUCAAGCAGCUAAACAACUUACCUCAAGUCAAGGUAUUUCAAAUUAUGCUACUGUAUUUCCAAAUGAAAUGUUACUUGAAAUGGCUUCAAGUUUACCAACUACACGUGAAGAACUAUUACAAAUUCCACAAUGUACUGAUUAUAAAUUGAAUUGUUUCAAUGCUGAAUCAUCAUUUCUAGAAAUCACUUUGAAUUAUCUUUCAAUACUUGGUGCGUUGAAAGCGGAAGAAAAAGAACAAGAAGAAAUGCUUUUACAAGAAUCAUGUAAACCAUUAUCCAAUUCUAAUGUAAAUCGAUCACGUGGUGGUUUUGUUAAACGUGGUCGUGGUAAAUCAUAUACUACUACAAAAAAGACUACAUCCAGUACAAAUGAACGGAAACGUAAAGGGAAUUAUUUAUUUGGAAAGUAUCAAUUCAAAUCGAAUUCCACUUCAUCAGGAUCAUCAUCUACUACAACAGGUUGGAAACGAAAAGCUCAAACAAGUGCUCCCAAUUCCAACUCAUUUCAACCGAAACUUAUGAAACUUUCUGUCAAACGGGAUUAA